AUGACAUCUGCACAUCUGGUCUUCUGUCUGACAUGUUUGCUUUUAGGAAAAAUGGAUGAGAUUUUUCGGCAGACUCUGCUGACAUCACCAUCUUCUUCUAUUCAUCUAAAGAACAGCUUUAUAUUAGCUCCCAUUGGAGGUAAAGUGACUUUACGCUGUUCCUAUGAAGGUGACGAAUCAGUGUGGAUCUGCUGGUACAUGCAAACUCUGGGACAGAAACCGCAGCUCAUCUGUAGUUUCUAUGUGUAUAGUAAAGAAAGCAUUUUUUAUGGUGAGUUCAAGAAACAUUCCCGGUUUAGCCUGAUUAGAGAAAACAGAACAACUAACCAGCUCAUAAUAUCAGAUCUGAAAAUUUCUGAUUCAGCCACUUACUAUUGUGCAUUUAGCCAUGCACAAGCAGUGAGUUUUUCAGAAGGCGUAACAGUCAUUAUUAAAGGUUCGAGUUAUAACAUCCAAGCUUUGGUCCAUCAAUCAGAAUCUAAGACAAUCCAGCCAGGAGAUUCUGUGACUCUGAUCUGUACAGUACAAACUGGGACUUGUGAUGGAGAACACAGUGCUUACUGGUUCAGAAACUCAGUGGAAUCCCACCCGGUGUUAAUUUACAGUCAUGGAAGCAAGAAUGAUCAAUGUGAGAGAAAUCCCAACAUACAAACACACACUUGUGUUUACACCUUGCCAAUAAAGAAUCUGAAUGUGUCCGAUGCUGGGACCUACUAUUAUGCCGUUACUUCGUGUGGGCACAUAGUGUUUGGGAAUGGAACUACACUGACAUUCACGAGUGAGGGAAACCUCUUGGUGUAUUUCAUGGCUGGAUCAUUGAUUGGUCUCGUCCUUGAUUUACUAAUGUUCUUUGUGUACAGGUUGAACACAAGUUACCAAGCCCCAGAGCCAAGAUUUCCAGAUCCAACUACUCAUAGAAGAACAGUGCAGGGCACCAGCCAAGUCACAGACAGCCUUGAUUUUGCGUCUGUAGAUGUAAAAACGUCCAACAGCCCAAGAACAAAGAAAAGCAGCAACUGA